AUGUCCAAUCAAGUGUUAUCGAGAAAGCUCCAGACUCUCGUCCAAUCAUACGAAAAAUCACACCCAAAAUCAAAAAAAGCCUUCGAACGAGCCGAAAAGGUCCUACCGACGGGAAGUACACGGUCUGUCCUGGUAUCCUCUCCAUUCCCCCUGGUAAUCCAGUCCGCCCAAGGCGCCAAAUUCACCACAAUCGACGGAGUGAAAUUCGACGACUUCGUCUCUGACUAUUCGGCCGGUAUCUACGGACACUCACACCCGGUAAUCCAAGAGGCUGUCCAGCAAGCCCUGGCAACAGGCUUCAGUCUGGGCGGAAUAACCGAGAAAGAGGCCGAGUUAGCAGAAAUCCUGACUACUCGAUUCCCCUCUCUGGAAAAGGUGAGAUUCUGCAAUUCCGGCACAGAGGCAAAUACGUUUGCCGUGGCUACUGCUCUCGCGUAUACAAAUCGACGCCACGUCCUCGUCUUUGAUAAUGGAUAUCACGGCGGAACUUUGUCCUUCUCUACCCGGGAUAACCCAAUGAAUCUGCCUCAUCAAUUCGUCUUUGGGAAAUAUAAUGAUACGGCCGAGGCAACGCGCGCUCUCGUCACUAGCGAGAUUGGCGCUAUCCUAGUCGAACCCAUGCAAGCGGCCGGUGGCAUGAUCCCCGCGACGCGAGAAUUCUUGGCCACGCUACGCCAAGCUGCGGAUGAAGUCGGGGCCAUUUUGAUCUUCGAUGAAGUCGUAACUUCUAGACUGCAUUACCAUGGUAUGCAGGGUGCUCUCGAUAUCAUACCAGACAUGACGACUGUGGGAAAAUAUCUUGGAGGCGGAUUUCCCUUCGGUGCCUUUGGAGGAUCGGCGGAGCUUAUGAGCCGUUUUGAUUCGGGGGAUAAAUCAAUUGCGCUGACUCAUUCUGGGACAUUCAAUAAUAAUAUCUUCACUAUGACUGCUGCUGUUGCGGCGUCGAAGUUGAUUACGGAGGCGCAAUUGAAUAGGCUUAAUGCUAUGGGGGAUCGUCUUCAAGAGGAGGCGAAUGAGAUCUUGAAGAAGGCGGAUUUCAAAACGAUGUCUUUUACCGGGUAUGGGAGUGCGGUAGGUGUGCAUUUUUCUGGGGAUGAUGCCGACGCUUUACGGGAGUAUUUGUAUUUCGGCUUGAUUAAUCGUGGAAUCUCGAUUGGUCGUCGUGGAUUUGUCUCUCUUAAUCUUGCACACACGGAGCACUCUAUUGAUCGUCUGUUGGAGGCUGUUCAUGCUUUUGUGGAUGAUGUUUCCUCGUGGAAUGCCUCGUAG